AUGGAACAGGACUACGAUUACUUGAUGAAAGUGCUUUUGAUCGGCGACAGCUCAGUUGGGAAAACUUCAGUUCUCUUGAGAUAUGUAGAUGACACUUAUAACCCUGAGUUCCAAACCACAAUUGGUGUCGACUUUAAAAUUUCCACCAUGGAAUUGCAAGGCAAGGUGAUCAAGCUUCAGCUUUGGGACACAGCUGGCCAAGACCGCUUUAGAAACAUCGUUGCGUCUUACUACAGAGGCGCCCAAGGAGUCAUUUUGAUGUAUGAUAUAACAAAUCAGGCCAGCUUCCAAAACAUCAAAAACUGGUACAAUGAAACCUUGAACCAUCUUCAGUCGUCAACACCCAAAUUACUUGUUGGGAACAAAUUGGAUUUAGCCUCACAAAGAACAGUUAAAUUGGCUGAAGCUCAGGAACUGGCGGACAGGUUGUCGAUGAGUUAUAUAGAAACGUCAGCUAAGAAUAGCCAAAAUGUUAGGUUAGCAUUUGAAACCUUGACGAGAAGCAUGCUGACGCAGGUAAGCACAAGUGAGCCUAUGAAAGGGGUGGGAGGGGCUACUAAAGUAAAAGAUGGGAAAAGUAUCAAAAAAAGUAAUUGCUGCGCAUAA